UUGCACAUUUUUACUCCCCGUCACUGGCACUUUAAAAUAAAAGCGGCGAAUACACCGUCUCAUUGGUUCUGCAGAUUCUAUACAAUUAAACAAACAAUCGGUAACUGUGUACGCUAAACUUUUGCAUUCCGAAUUCGUUUCUUUUCUGCAGUGUGUUCUCUAAGUAUCUCUAAGUAUGGCCAAUAUUGUGUUAAAUAUAAUCCUGGGAUCAAUAUGCGUUGCCAUAACGUACAUAGUUUUGAAAAUUUACUGGAAACUUCAAUAUUGGAACCGACGCGAUUUUCACCAAAUUGAUCCGCAUUUCAUUUAUGGCAACCUGAAACCGUACAUUCGUCGCAAUAUAGACUUUGGUGCGAUGCUCAGAAAUUAUUACAAUGAAUCGAAUGGUCGUAGAUGCGUCGGACUGUAUAUGUUUUACAAGCCAGCGCUUCUGCUACGCGAUCCUAACCUGAUACGGACGUUUUUAUUCAAUGAUUUCGACAGUUUUAGUACGAGAAAGAUAUUUGCGGAAAAAGAAAAAUGUCCGUUGUUGGACAAUCUGUAUCAGCACAGCGGUGACCAGUGGAAAAAGAAACGCGACCUGUUGGCGAAGGCAUUUACAUUGAAAAAUAUAUCCGAAUUGUACGACACAAUCAUUGUGGUGAGUGCGUUGGAAGAUUAUUUGGAUGCAUUGGCUGAAAAGGCCGAAAAUUCCAUUUGUAUCAAUCGAUUGAUGGAACGUCAAUUGUACAAUGUCAUGGCCUGGGUCAUCUUUGGCGUACACAUCGAGACCAUAGCGUAUUCGGAAGAUAAUUUUCGGAUGACAGGCCUUGAAGUAUUCCGACCGAAAUUCGUCGACAAACUGGCGCUCAUCAGAGACGUUGCCGUGCCGGCCGAAUGGGAAUGGUUACACAAUUGGUUGAAUUUCCGUCGCCACAGCAAACGUAUCGAAGAUUUUUAUAAUUCGUUGACAAAACAUGUGUUGGAUCGACGAGAAUAUCAUAAGAAAGAGUGGAAUGCGAAUAAAGACUACAUGCAGUACUUAAUGAAGAUAAGAAAUCGGGGUUUUUUGUACGAUGACGAAGAAUUAAAGAAUAUUGAGGCCAAUGCUGGAGCGCACAAGUAUCUAUCGCUUCCAGAGGUUAGUUCGCUAGCAUUUUUAGCCUUCACGUCCGGAUUUCCAACCAUCCUUUCAACGAUCGACUUUUUCUUGCUUGAAAUCGCUAAGAAUCAUACGAUACAAAAUAGGAUCUCAGUGGAAGUGGAGGCAAUGUUCGAAUCCACGGAUGGAAAUCCCGAGUACAAAGACAUUGCUCACAUGAAAUAUUUGGAUGCUUGCGUCAACGAAACAUUCCGGAAGUACCCACCCAUUUCGCAUUUGGUGCGCUACUGCACGAAAGAUUACCUCAUGAAAAAGGAGAAUUUUUUGAUCCACAAGGGAAUGCCAGUGUUUAUCUCCAUUUUGGGUAUUCAUCACGAUCCGACAUACUAUCCGGACCCGAUGGAGUUCGAUCCCGAACGUUUCACCGCAGAAGAAUCGAGGAAACGACCGGCGAUAACAUUUAUACCGUUCGGGUUCGGGCCGAAAAACUGCCUCGGAAUAGAGCUAGCGAAGGCAAUUUUAAAGAUUCACUUGGUGUUCUUGGUGUCCAAGUACAAAGUGUCGGUUGCACCGAGGAUGCGAAAUAGAAAUAUUAAUUUCGAUAAUGGACAUAUGAACGAAGUGAAUCAAAUACAUUUAAGUUUUGCGGAACGAAUGAGAAAUAGUCCAAGUGAGGAGGACGACUAGUCAUUACUUUUUUGUUGUAUCGGAGGCGCAUUAUUAUUCUGAAUUAUUAAACGAUCAAGGAUUUUGUA